AUGUCUCAAGUUCUUAAGGGAUUUACGGCCGUGAAUGACACCAGCCCUUCUGUGGAUUCUCAGAUGAAGGGAAUGAAACGACAAUAUUCUCCUGAUAGAACAGAGGCAAUUGCCAUUGUUGGGAUGAGCUGCCGUUUCCCUGGGGACUCAAACACCCCCGAGGAAUUCUGGGAGUUAUGUGCCCAAGGACGAGAUGCUUGGUCGGAACACCCACCUAGCAGAUUCAAUGCGAGCUCCUUUUAUCAUCCGAAUGUUGAAAGGAAUGGUUCCCCUUUUGCACAGAUGGUCAUGAGUGGCGGAUAUUACUUGAAGCAAGAUAUCUCUCAUUUUGACGCUCAAUUUUUCCAGAUAAGUCCAACUGAAGCGAAGGCCAUGGACCCCCAACAGAGGAUUCUGCUUGAGUGCGUUUACGAAGCUCUGGAGAGCGCGGGUAUUCGCAUGGACAGUAUCAGAGGGACCAACACCUCAGUCUACACAUCAGCUUUUAAUUUGGACUAUGAUCAACUGCUGAGAAGUGACCCAGAGAACCUUCCCGUGUAUCAAUCCACGGGAAACGCUCCCUCGAUCCUGUCCAACAGAAUCUCUCACUUCUUCGACUUGAGGGGCCCCAGCGUCACCAUUGACACCGCUUGCUCGUCGAGCCUCGUAGCUAUGCAUACAGCAUGUAACGAUUUACGUUCCGGUGAAUCUAAACAAGCAAUUGUAGGAGCCGCAAACCUGAUCAUCAAUCCGGAUCGAGCAGUUGAAAUGACUCGACAGGGCUUCUUUUCACCUGACGGGCGAUGUUAUACCUUCGACGACCGUGCCGAAGGGUAUGCCCGUGGCGAAGGGAUUGCCUGCAUUGUCUUGAAAACCCUAAAUGAUGCCCUGCGGGAUGGCGAUCCCAUCAGAGCAGUGAUUCGAGAAACUUUCACCAACCAAGAUGGAAGAACCGCAGGCAUAACAUUACCCAACCGUGAUGCGCAAGAAUUACUGAUUCGCUCUGCCUAUAUAAGAGCAGAUUUAAGUCCUCUGGACACCAGUUACAUCGAAGCGCACGGUACUGGGACAGCAGCGGGUGAUCCAGUUGAGGCCGAAGCCAUUGCAGCAGUGUUUGGUGAAGGAAGACCGAGUCAUCAGCCACUCCGCCUUGCAUCGGUUAAAACAAAUAUUGGGCAUUUGGAGUCUACAAGUGGACUAGCGGGCGUGAUCAAGUGUGUGAAGAUGCUUGAAAAUGGGGCCAUCGCCCCGAGCCUCAAUUUCAGACGAGCAAAUCCACGCAUCCCUUUGGAGGAAUGGAAACUCAUGGUACCUUUGAAACUGGAAUCGUGGCCAUCUGAUGGUGUUCGACGUGUGUCGGUCAAUAGUUUUGGGUUCGGGGGUACGAACGCACACCUUAUCAUGGAAGAUGCAGGCCAAUAUCUUGCCCUACGUGGAAUGAAAUCAUCUCAUCGAUCAGUAUCCCCUCAGACAGGCAAAGACCCUACUGUGAUGGGAAAAAGCGAUGGUCAACGGCGGCUUUUCGUGGUCACUUCCAACGACAAGGAAACGUUGAAAAUGUCCCUGCAGAAUCUAAAACACUACGUUCAAAUGCAUACCCCUCACCAGGUGGAAUGUUUCAUGGAGGACCUUGCUUACACGUUGAAUCAGCGCCGGUCUAUGCUGCCAUGGAAGACUGCAGUCUCAGCAGCGUCAGCAGCAGAACUCGUCGAGUCACUCCAAGCCCCGACUAUAACGCGGUUAUCCACAAAGGUUCCAAGAAUUGGUUUAGUGUUUACUGGUCAAGGAGCCCAAUGGCACGGAAUGGCACAAGAGCUGAUCCACGCGUUUCCGGUGUUUGAGUCGACUUUGGUCGAGGCUAAUUGCUAUUUGCAAAAAAUGGGAGCAACAUGGUCGAUCUUCGACGAGCUGGACCGCGACGCAAGCACAACCAACAUCAACAUCGCCGCCAUCUGCCAGCCGCUGUGUACUGCCAUCCAGAUAGGCCUAGUAAACCUCCUGCAGUCAUGGGGUGUUCAAGCCUCUGCAGUUGUCGGGCAUUCAAGUGGGGAGGCUGCUGCGGCUUAUGCCGCAGGCGCCCUAACAAUGGAUGCGGCCCUGUCAAUUUCUUAUUUCAGAGGAUUGCUCUCUACGAACAUCUCCAGCAAAGCUCCUCAUCUUCCUGGUGCCAUGAUUGCUGUCGGUGUAUCCAAGGAGGAGGCUGAGACUUAUAUCUCGACUGUUUCUUCAGGAUACGUCACCGUUGCUUGCAUAAACAGUCCCUCCAACGUGACGUUGUCUGGUGAUGCUUCGGCCAUCGAGGAGCUCCUCAGACAGCUUCAAUCCAAAGAAGUCUUUGCUCGCAAGCUCAAAUCGGACACCGCGUAUCAUUCGAAUCAUAUGCAAGCCAUUGCAGACGACUAUCUCAUGGCAUUGCGGGAUCUACGAACGAACCCGCUGAUCAGAGUUCCAUUUUGGAGUUCGGUUACUGGCCAGCUUGUUGAAGCCAUAGACCUAGAUGCCAAAUACUGGGUCAGGCAUAUGCUUUCCCCUGUAAGAUUUGUCGAAUCUGUGCGAAAUUUGUGCCUUCGCUCCCAACAAGCACACCAUCAAGGCUUAGAAAGGCGAGACAGCGCCAUCGACUUUCUCAUUGAGAUUGGCCCACACUCUGCUCUAGCAAGCUCCGUGAAACAGAUCCUGGCAACUCCGGAAUUGAAAGAUGCAAACAUUGAGUACACAUCUACCUUGCGCCGAAACAGGGAUAAUGUGGCCGCCAUACUUGACUCUGCAUCUGCAAUAUUUACCGCGGGGUAUCCCCUCAAGAUGAACGCCAUCAACCUUCCCAGGUCCCAAAGUUUGCCGCGUGUUCUAGUGGACUUACCCCCCUAUGCGUGGAAGCAUACCGUUAGCCAUUGGUACGAGAGUCGCCUCAGCACGAACCAUCGGUACAGAAAACAUCCCCGACAUGACCUCCUGGGCGCCCCUGUCAAUGAUUUCAAUGAGUUAGAGCCGAGGUGGAGAAACAUUCUUCGUGUAUCGGAUAUCCCUUGGGUGCGGGAUCAUGUGGUGCAAUCCAGUAUUGUCUACCCGGCUGCUGGAUACAUCUCAAUGGCCAUCGAAGCAGUUGCACAAUGCAUCUCGGAUCAAGACACUACCGCACUUGGUUUUAGGCUACGAAACCUUGAUAUCAGCAAGGCGCUUGUGAUUCCCGAUGACUCUGACGGCAUUGAAACAAAUUUUGUUCUUCGUCCAUUUAAUGGAAGUAGUAGCGGCUCUUCAACUACUUGGCAAGAAUUUUGCCUCUACUCACAUAGCAAAGAGGAAGGGUGGUCCGAGCAUUGUCGUGGUCUGAUUGCUAUGGAGGGGAAAGAAUCGAAAUCAGGGAUUGACACCAGAGAGAAAAGCCAGGUGCUGGAGACUAACCGGCAGAAAUUUGCAGAUGGGGCAACUGCUUGCCACGAAGUCAUUGACAUCCAAGGAGUGUAUCGCCUCCUUGAAACUCUUCAGCUUAAAUUUGGUGGGACUUUCAAAAACUUGGUCGACGCAUAUGGCGGACCUUGCCAAGCAUUAUGUACCGUCGCAAUUCCCGAUACGAAAGCUGUCAUGCCACAAGGUUUUGAAUAUCCCCAUGUCGUCCACCCGGCCACAAUGGACGCCAUUCUCCAGACCUUCAUCAUCUCACUAAUGAGCACUGGGACACCUGAAUCACCUAUGUUGCCAAAGUCUAUCAAGGAAAUUUUCGUCGCCGCAGACAUCAACAAGACCGCAGGCCAUCAGUUUUCAGUCCAUGCGUCUACCCAGUUCAAGGGUCCUCACGAAACUGAAACGGUCAUCACGGUGGUUGACGAUUCUAACCGUGACAAGUCCACUCUCGUCGAGGUUAAGAAAUUGAAAUGUGUCUCACUCUCAGGCAGAGACUUAAAACAGAAUGUGGAGCGGAGAAAGCUCUGCUAUAACAUGUCUUGGGAACCUGAUGUCGACAUGCUCACUCCUGAAAUGUCCAGAAAGCUCUUCUCCGCAACAUCGGGCGCUGUUGACCCCAUCACAAUUUCCAUUUUGGAUCACAUUUCCCUCCAAUACAUUGCGGAUGCGCUCAAGGUGCUGAAAGAGUCAGACUAUGACAAUAUGCAGCCGCACCAUCAACGAUACUAUAAGUGGAUGCAACUGCAAUCCAACCUUGCCUCAGCUGGCAAGCUGGAGACUCUCAAUUUACUGGAAGCAGCCCGUGACUCUGUUAAUGUUGACAAACUCCGCAAUGAGCUUCAAGGAAGCCCCGACGGCCGGUUGCUUGAUAAGGUGGGAAGCAAUCUGGUUCGCAUUUUGACAAAUCAAGCCCAGCCUCUAGACCUGAUGAUGGAAAAUGACCUGCUUCAUGAAUUGUACAGCAACGGCAUCGGUGUCGACCGCUCCUCGGCACAACUGGCUUCGUACGUCGACAAGAUCAGUCACAAAUUACCGAAUAUGAACAUCUUGGAGAUUGGCGCCGGUACCGGCGGGUCAACGUUGCCGAUGUUGCUGGCAUUAGGUGGACAUGACAACCGUGACGCUCGCUUUAGUCACUAUGCAUUCACGGAUAUCUCCUCCGGUUUCUUCGAGAAAGCACGGGCUAAAUUCAACGCCUGGUCAGGUCUCAUGAGCUUCAAGAAGCUUAAUAUCGAGUGUGAUCCCGAAGAGCAAGGAUUCCAGAAACAGGAGUUCGAUCUGAUCCUUGCAGCCAAUGUUGUGCAUGCUACUCGGAGCCUGGAUAACACAAUGCAGAAUAUCCGAAGCCUUUUAAAACCAAACGGGAAACUGAUUAUGGUCGAGAUAACGCAUCCGGCCGUUCGUGUUUCCUUGAUCUUCGGGACUCUACCUGGAUGGUGGUUAGCUACCGAGGAAAGCCGUGAGAUGGCUCCAACUCUGGCGGAAUCCCAGUGGGAGGCAGUCCUGAAGAAGAACGGCUUCAGUGGGCUGGACGCAUGCUUGUGGGACCAGCCAAAAAGGAAGGACCAUCUAGCCAGUCUUAUCGUAUCUACUGCGCUGUCUGCUGUGGAAGAUAAGUACCCCGAGGUAACAUUGAUCCACGACGGAUCGCUGGAGAGUACAUUCCUAGAUCUUUUGCAAGGGUCCUUGGCUAAGGUUGUUGGAGUGCCACCAACAUUGAACUCACUGGAAAACGCUCAGGUGGAUGGUAAGGCCUGCAUUUUUCUCAUCGAGCUCAACCGUCCAAUUCUCUCUUGUCUCAGUUCUGCCCAGUUCAAUGCCAUCAAAAGAUCCAUCACAACGGCCCAGGCUGUUCUGUGGGUUUCUCGUGGAGGUAGAACUCCCUCGUCAGAAAUGCCCGAAGCCAGUUUGGUCUCUGGUCUAUUCUGUGCACUAAGGUGCGAGUUUAAAUUGUCUAAGUUGGUGACGCUUGACCUUGACCCUCAAACUCCCCAUGAUGAAACAACAGAUAUAGAGUCGAUCAUAGGUGUCUUCCGAUCCGCUUUCAGUCUCGAAAGUGACAAAACAGAAUGCGAUAAUGAAUUUUGUGUGAGGGAUAAACUCAUAUCCAUUCCCCGCGUUCUCGAAAAUCAUCAGAUGAACGACUACAUCUCAGCGAGAGCUGCGCCGAAACGAUCUGCGCAGCAGGCUUUCAGUCAGACCUCUCGAUUUUUGCAUCUGGAGAUAGAGAUACCAGGCCUCCUGGACUCGUUCAUAUUCGUGGACAAUCCAGCCUUUGCUCUUCCACUGGGAGAUGACGAGGUGGAGAUAGAGAUUAAAGCCUGUGGUCUGAACUUCCACGACGUCCUGACUGCCAUGGGUCACAUUGAAAGUGGGCCGCUGGGGUAUGAGUGCGGUGGGAUUGUCCGAAGUAUUGGAAAUCAUGUGAAGUCCGUCGGUGUAGGCGAACGCGUCUUUGCUUGGGUAAUCGGGGCAUUCGGCAACUAUGUCCGCACCAACAAGAAAUUGGUCCAAAGAAUACCGCGGGAGAUGACCUACGAGGAGGCUGCCUCAGUACCUGCCGUAUAUUCCACGGCCUACAUAUCGUUAUGUGAAACAGCACGCCUCCGCAAAGGGGAGACUGUGCUCAUCCAUGCCGCUGCAGGUGGGGUUGGCCAAGCGGCGAUUGCCUUGGCUCAGUGGAUUGGAGCUGAGGUAUUUGCCACGGUGAGCACAGUGGAGAAGAGGCAGUUCAUCAUGGAGCGGUAUCACAUUGCCGAAGAUCACAUCUUCUCUAGCAGAGACACCACAUUCGCCUCAGGCGUCAUGAGAUUGACCGAAAAUAAAGGAGUUAACGUUAUUCUGAACUCGCUAUCCGGGGAUGGACUGAGAGAGUCGUGGAAUUGCAUUUCCAUGUUUGGUCGUUUCGUUGAAAUCGGCAAGCGAGACCUCUUUUCCAACAGUCUCCUGGAGAUGGAGCCAUUUCUGCGCCAUGUCAGUUUUUCUGCCAUUGACCUCGACACCAUUCUCUACCACAAGAGCGACUACGCUGCCGAGAUCUUGGCAAAAAUUAUGGAGUUACUUGAAAAGAAGGUCAUCGAACCAGUUCAACCCAUUACGGUCUUUUCAAUGUCCGAGGUUGAGGCUGCUUUCCGAUUGAUGCAGGGAGGGAAGCAUAUAGGGAAGAUCGUCAUUGCCCCACAACCGGGGGAUCAGGUCAAAGCAUCCGUGAGAGUGUUGACCAACUCUGUGUUCCGGGACGAUGUUUCCUAUCUGCUAGUCGGUGGCCUAGGUGGUCUUGGGAAGGCCAUUGCUCAGUGGAUGGUCUGGAAUGGGGCGAAGAACAUCGUUUUCCUAUCUCGCAACGGGUCAAACUCGCACGGCUCCCAGGAAUUUGUCAAGGAUCUCGAGAAAGAUGGUGCUACCGUCACGAGUCACACUGGCAAUGUCUGUGAUGAAAAACUGGACAUCUCAUUCGAGAAGAUGACUCUCGACGAUUAUGAAUCCGUCCUCCUCCCCAAGGUCGGUGGAUCAUGGAACCUUCACCGAUGCCUCCUGAGGACCGAUUUGGACUUCUUCGUGAUUCUAGGCUCGGCUGUUGGCGUGGUAGGAAAUCCAGGACAGAGUAAUUACGCCGCAGCGUCAGCCUUCCAAGACGCUUUAUCCUGUCACCGAGUCUCCAUGGGCCUCCCGUCGGUAACCAUCGACCUGGGUGUCGUUCAAGGGGCGGGAUAUGUAUUUGAAAAUGACCAGACGAAAGCCAAGUUGAAGCGGCAGCUCUACGACGAAAUUGACAUCGAGGAACUUCGUGCGAUCUUACAGUUUGUUGUGACCCAGUCUUCUGAGAAUCAGUCUUCUCAGGUCAUUACUGGUUUACAUAUCUCUGAGGACCUCGUCCUCGACUCUGAAGAAUUUGGCAAAGAUCGUCGGAAGCCGCUAUGGACACAGGAUCCCAAGUUCUCUCAUUUACGUUCCGUGUCAGUGAUGAGGAUUCGAGAUAAUAAUGAUCUGGCCAAAGUGCUCCUUUACCGUCUCCAAAAGGCCCAAACCCUAGAGGAAGGGUCGUUAAUUCUACAAGAAGCGGUUAUUGACAAAUUAUCUCGACUAUUGAUGAUACCCAAGGAUAACAUCAGUCCAAAUCAUACUACUGCCGCCCUGGGUGUCGACUCACUCAUCGGCGUUGAGCUGCGCAAUUGGGUUUUGCAUGAGAUCAAAGCUGAUAUACCGCUCUUUGAGAUUCUUGGAAAGGGCUCUAUUGCCACCUUGUCCCAUCGAAUCGCGACCAAAUCCGAGCUUCUUGGUCCAGCAGUUCGCAUAACGAGCGACCGGAAAAGUCGUUCAGCGGAUCCUCUGAGUGACGGAAGACGAGAAGUUACGGAGAAUGCGAUUCCUCGGGAUAACCAAAACGGGACUAAAGGCUUGAAGGAACCGCACCGAGUACGAAAAAUGCGUGCGUUGUUUGAGCAGUACUCCCGUGGUCUACAGCCUGCAAGGCAUCCGCCGGUGGAAGAUGAGAACUGGACUGUGAUGCUCAUCGGAUCCACUGGUUCAGCGGGUUCAUAUCUGCUGGAGCGUCUGCUCCAGCAUCCCAAUGUCAUCAAAAUUAUCUGCAUCAACCGGUCGAUCAACAGCAGGGAACGACAGAUUGAGGCGAAUGCUUUGCGUGGCCUUCCCACCAAUUUCACCCUCGAUCGAGUGGAGUUUGUUCAAGCCAAACUGGGUGCUCAUGACCUAGGCCUCGCUCCAGAAACCUACAGGUCGUUGCUAUCUUCGGUAACGCAUGUGGUCCACGCUGCAUGGAAACUCGAUUUCAUUUCCCCCGUCGAGGCAUUUGAGCAUGAUCAUCUUUGCGGUGUGCGAAACGUUAUCCAAUUCAGUAUCUCAUCGUCCAAGACGCCACGUAUCUAUUUUCUGUCCAGCCUCUCAUCUGUUAUUGACUGGCAAAGGCACCAUCCAGGAUUCAUCCCGGAAGAGAUCAUAGAUGAUCACAAUGCAGCAGUUCCCUUGGGCUACGCUGAAUCGAAGCUGGUUGCCGAGCAAUUGUUGAGUGUUGCAAGCAAGCGUUGCGGGGUCUUGACGUAUGUGAUUCGGGCCGGACAACUUACUGGCCCAGUGCAUAGGAAAGGCAUGUGGAAUAGAACCGAAUGGUUUCCCAGCAUAAUUGCCAGCGGGCGGUAUUUAGGCCUCUUGCCUGAGACAAUGAAGGGAGCUGAUACUAUCGACUGGGUCCCUGUGGAUAUCUUUGCGCAAAUCGUCAUGGAGCUGAUGGACGGCGCCGAGAUCACGUCUCCUCCUCUCCCGACAGUCUACAACGUCGUAAACCCGCGGUCCGCCCAAUGGAGUGUCCUUCUCCCCGCUAUCAUCGCUUAUUUAAACCGGAAAGGGGUUUCUGUUCAAACUGUGCCUUUCGACACUUGGAUCAAUGCGUUAAAGAAAUCCACAACCAGUGGGACGCAGGGCAGUGCUAGUCAGAACCCGGCAAGUUACUUCUUGGAACUUUUCCGGGUCCUUGGGGAAAGGAAGGAAGCCGUAACUCCCGAAAUGCGGCGGGCCCUAGCUGCAAGCAACAGCUUAGCUUCGAUGGAACCGGUUCAGGAGGAGUGGGUGAUGAAGUGGAUGCAAGAGUGGGAAAUGCACUAG